UCGAAAGCGUGCGCGCUCCCCGCCAGCUCACCCCCUCCCCUGAAUUUCAACACUGUAGUCAACUUGUCCACCCCGAAGCACGCCCACAACCAUCUUUUCCGAGUGUGCUCAGAACAUGGUGAACGCUGCGCCCGGAUAAGCGAGGGUUCAACUCAAAUCCGACGCCGUCCGGUUCUUCACGACACAGCCGUUCCGUUCAACAGGCUCGUGCAGACGGUGGGAAAAGAACCGAGAGCUAACGGAAGAGGACGCGACGGAGCUGCGGUGCGUUCGCCUGGCAUGAGCUCACGCGCGGAGAAAAGCGGACUUGUACGGAGUUUUGGAGGAAUCCUGUACAGACAAGGCGUUUCUUCGUGGCGAACCGGUGGAAUAAAGCGGAGGGUAAUGUCGGAGGAUCCGCAUUGUAUUUUAAGUAAGGGAGUGCGCGAGGAGAGCGCAUACUCAAUCUUGUUCUGAACUCCGCGAGUGUUAAACUACCAGCCCGAUCAAGGGACUCGAGGCCUGGGGAAAAAGUUUCGUCUUCAUUUUGAACUGUUUGCAUUGAAACGCUUAGGAAUUGAAGGACUACGGACGAAUAUAUACACAUAAGCAAGGAUAUACUUUGCCUUCAGCAGACUUUGAUUUGUCAGAGUGGCUCGAUGUCACAAGUGUUUUCUUCUUAAAAAAAUAAUGUAAAUCUCAAGUGUUAUUUAUCUACUGGAGCUGGCAGACAUGCACAGCAGCCUUGCACCGACACGCGAGGGUCUGAUGUCAUGUAAAGUUGCCGCGACGUCACACUAAACUUCAACGCAACUUGUAGGUUGAGGCAUUUAAAUGCUUUUUAAUACUUGGAAUACUCACUGUUGAUAUCCGGAGUGGGUGUUCAGGAAAGGACGGGGAUCCUCCAUGGGAAUAGGCCAUAUUUUUACCCUCGACGGGGGCAGAAGUGGGGCAGUAACGGGACGAAAAACGAGCAAACGAGUCUUACCGACUGGCGUUUACUUUCUCCUCAGUAUACGGGUUAUAAUAUAAAUAAAAGUGUUGCUUCAAUUUAAUGUCACAACCUAAGGGAAUUUGUUGCUGGAGAUUUGGGAAUUAAUCUGAUUUUUAUAGCUCUAAAGGGAAAUAUGUACGUUACUUUAAAAAAACUUCUCUCAGAAAUUGACGCCAUUUAACAGACGAGCCGUUGAGUCUGACUGAAAACACACUAACUUACAAACGAAGACAUGCGUAAAAUUUGGCAUUUGGAAAUAUGAAAUAUAACAUUAAAUUACCUUCGUAUGUAACUUCUAAAGGGAAAGUAAAUUCAAACAUUGUGGAGCAUUGGAGAGGGUGCCUGAGGGACGGUGUGGACUGGAUAAAAAUAUAAUUUAUUGAUGUCUUCAAUGGACACCGAUUUCACAUUUCAGUUUCAUUGAAAGUAUACUUACGUUUGUGUCGUCUUUUAUGUGAAUUAAAAACGAUGUGCACGAGAAGUAAAGACAUGACAGUGCGUCAAUCUCGGCCGCACUGGCCGAGCAACAGUUCACGCAUGCGCAUUCAAGCGCCCCUGAGCCAUAGAAUAUAAUGGAAUCCGAGUGCUGACGUAAUCGGAGCACGGAUACUAACUGCUUAAGAGUCCGAAACGGUUUAUGUCCGUCAUAAAUGCACUAAAUACGAGGAAACUAGUUCACUUUUCAAACACAAGCUGCCUUUUUUGCUCUCAUACGAGUCUUUGUUUUUAUUAAAUGCCACUUUAUACAGACAGCAGUAACGUUUGCUGAUAUGUGAUAAUAAAAAGCAAAUUGUUGUCUUAUCGCCAUGGCAUUGCCACAGCAAGAGACGGAGGUUAGAUGUGGUAGUGAAGGAGGAGGUGUUACUGUGCGGAUAAGCGACUCCCGAAAUCAACAGGUGGGCCGAAACCGGGAUGUGCCCUGCGGCAAGCCCUGUAAAUACAGUAUCUCAUCGAGCUGCAGCUCUGGGGAGUUGGGUGUACCCAAGGCUAUCAUGACCCAUCUGAGCAGUCAAAGGAAAGUGCCACCAUUGUUCGAAAGGUCUGCCGCACAGUGUUGGGACCCCAAGUUCGACUCCCCCGUCCUGGAGGAGGCGUGCAGGGAGCGGUGCUUUCCGCAGUUGCAGAGACGAUUUCGAUAUGUGCUGUUUUAUUUAGCCAUUGCUGCACUCCUGUGGGGCGUGUACUUUGGGAUCAAUAGCACCAGGUGCAACCCCACAAACUUCCUUGUACCCACUGCAGGGUUUCUUGUGCUGUGCCUCCUCUUCCUCUGGUUUACUUUCACAAGGCUCUAUGUACGUUUCUAUAACCACACCUCCUUCCUGCUUACCGUAAUCAUGUUUGGCAUCACAUUGGCACCUCAAACGCAAACCGCUCGCUUUGCUCAUUUCGGUGGGCAGAGAGAAAGCAAUCAAUCACUACUACUAAGUGAGGAGCAUGCACCUUGUAUGUCACCUGUUGGGACGUUCUCCCUGUGUAUGGAGGUGCUGCUUUUGCUGUACAGCGUGCUACAUCUGCGCCUGUAUGCAUCUGUGCUCCUUGGACUUCUGUAUUCGGUCCUCUAUGAGGCUUUAGGCUGGUUGCAGCUUGCUCAGGUGGACCGUAGCAACGGAGGGACAUUGGCCACAGGUCAUAGUUCAGACUGGGACACCCUGAGGUGGCUCGGCCCAGGUAAAGCCCUGCUGCAUCUGUGCGCGCAUGUCAUUGGCAUCCACAUAUUCAUUAUGUCCGAAGUGCGUUCUAGAAGUACGUUUCUGAAAGUCGGGCAGGCCAUCAUGCAUGGGAAAGACUUGGAGGUUGAAAAAGCGCUGAAGGAGCGGAUGAUCCACUCGGUGAUGCCAAGGCUGGUGGCGGAUGAGCUGAUGAAGCAGGGGGACGAGGAGAGCGAAAGCUCGGGGAAGAGAUACAGCGCGGGUGCAUGCUCCGUCGCUACUGCAUCUGCCGUAACCUCGUCCAGCCCUAAGAACAACAAACGUAAGAAAAACUCCAUUCCCCGUGGACAAAUCAUUUUCAGACCUUUCAACAUGAAGCGUAUGGACCCGGUGAGCAUCCUCUUUGCUGACAUUGUGGGUUUCACCAAAAUGAGUGCCAACAAAUCCGCUCAUGCCCUAGUCGGACUGCUGAAUGACCUCUUUGGUCGUUUUGACCGUCUGUGCGAGUUGACCCGCUGUGAGAAGAUCAGCACUUUAGGAGACUGUUAUUAUUGUGUGGCGGGCUGCCCUGAACCACUGCCCGAUCACGCUUACUGUUGUGUGGAAAUGGGGCUCGGGAUGAUCCAGGCAAUUGAGCAGUUCUGCCAGGAGACGUCCGAGACGGUGGACAUGCGCGUUGGCGUGCACACCGGCACGGUGCUGUGUGGCAUUCUGGGAAUUAAGCGCUUUAAGUUUGAUGUGUGGUCCAAUGACGUCAACUUGGCCAAUCUAAUGGAACAGCUGGGCGUGGCAGGGAAGGUCCACUUGUCAGAGGUCACCGCAAGGUUUUUGGAUGACCGUUACGAGAGAGAAGACGGGAGAGUGGCUGAACGUGUCGGGCAUGGCAUUACUGAGCAGCUGAAAGGUUUGAAGACGUAUCUGAUCUCUGGUCGAAAAAUGGGCUCGCAGUGUGGCUGUUCCCAGGUCAGUUUUGGUCUAAACUUGGGCGAAAUAUUGAGUCCAUCCUCCCACACGCACACUCCAGAUCUAACACACUCCGCCAUCACUGAACAUCUCUCGCAUAACAAGUCUGUAUGUAUCUCUUGUGGUGUCUCGGUGGAUGCUGGUGGGAAUUCAAUUGUAGACGAGGCGACUCGAAAUGGGUGCCAGGAUGAACAUUGGGCCAACAGUAGCAAGUUCCCUGCGGGCCCGAAAACCCUAAACGGUCUACUGAGCCCUUUGUGCGAGGAGGGGGUGAGGGUGAGCCAGUCUUCACUGUGUGACAGACUCCAGGAGAAAGACAGAAGCUGGGUAGGAAGUCUGUCUGGAGAAGGCGUUGGCAUGGACCACUCGGCUAUCCUCCCGCUACGCUCCAAGAACUUCAGGGAGAAAAGCGAUGCACAUUUUGUCGAAGUGAUAAAGGAAGACAGCCUGAUGAAGGAUUAUUUCUUCAAGCCGCCCAUUAACAAGCUCAGUUUGAACUUCCUGAAGAAACCUCUGGAGUCAGCGUAUCGCACCAGCUACCAGGAGGAGGUGGUGAACCACUUGCCAGUGCAGACGUUCGCGAGCCCUGUGUUCAGUUCCCUGCUUGAUGUUUUGCUGUCCUGCGCCGUUUUCCUCGCCUUGACCAUCGCCUGUUUCCUUUAUCCCCUUGUUACCAUGGAGACGCCCAUCGCAACCACACUCGGUCUGGCGAUCGUGGCCGCCUUGUUGGAGCUGAUCGCUCUCAUCCUGUCUGUCCGUAUGACCUUUUGCCUGGACAAUGUUCAAAGCUGUAUUCAGUCUUUGCUGAAGCUCGUGUCUGGCUGGCUCCCACGUCAUGUGAUCGGGGCCGUGCUCGUGUCACUUCCUGCUGUGUCCGUCUUCUCGCACCUGGCAUGCUGUUUGGAGCUGCCCAUCCAGGUGACCAUGUUCCUGUGCUGUGCUCUUAUUAUUGCUAUUAUCCAGUACUGUAAUUUCUGCCAGCUGAGUUUUUGGAUGCGCUCUGCACUGGCCACCGUAGUCGGGUUGUCUUUGCUUGCCCGGCUCUACAGCGCCACCAUCAGGCCAAGCACCACUGACAGCUUUGCGUCUUUUGGGAACACAAGUAACUCCAGUCAAGCGGCUCAGUCAAGCGGGUUGGAGUUGCCACCCACAGCGCUUGACCUGCUCGUUCCAGAGGCCGUGCUGUCAUUCAUCCUCCUGCUGCUGCUGGUUUGGUUCCUUAAUCGAGAAUUCGAGGUCAGCUACCGUCUGCACUACCACGGAAAUGUGGAAGCUGACAAGCACCGUAUUAAAAUCCAGACCAUGCGAGAUCAAGCAGACUGGUUGCUACGCAACAUCAUCCCCAUCCACGUCGCAGAGCAGCUGAAGGUGAAACAGAGUUACUCUAAGAAUCACGACAAUGUCGGGGUCAUUUUCGCAAGCAUCGUCAACUUCAGCGAGUUUUAUGAGGAAAGCUAUGAGGGUGGGAAAGAGUGUUAUCGCGUACUUAAUGAACUUAUCGGAGAUUUCGAUGAACUGCUGCGGAAGCCUGCGUUCUCCAACGUGGAGAAGAUCAAAACCAUUGGUGCUACCUACAUGGCUGCAUCAGGGCUAAAUGGGCAACAGUGCCAAGAGCAGACGCAUCCGCACGCCCACCUGCGUGCCCUCUUUGACUUUGCCCUCGAAAUGAUGGGCGUGGUGGAUGAUUUUAACAAAAACAUGUUAGGGUUCAAAUUCAAGCUUCGAAUCGGAUUUAACCAUGGGCCCCUGACUGCCGGUGUCAUUGGCACUACCAAACUUCUCUACGACAUAUGGGGUGACACCGUCAACAUCGCUAGCCGCAUGGACAGCACGGGAAUGGAGUACCGGAUACAGGUUAGCGAAGAGAGCCACUGUGUUCUCAGCAGAAUGAACUAUGCUUUUGAUUAUCGUGGCACUGUGAACGUGAAGGGUAAAGGACAGAUGAGGACUUACCUGUACCCCAAACUUAACGAAAGCCGAACGGGGUCCACGCAAAACCUGGAACUUCAAGGUCAGGUGGAUGAGUCCAACACAACAGAAACAUCUGCACCACUAAAUCCUCCAAAAACCUCUCCCAUUGUUGCCUCUAUCAGUGGCCACGAUGUGCCUCAGGGCCGUGUAUUAGGCCCGUCUCCAAUUAACAAGGAGUUACACCAAGACACUAAGGACAGUUUUCCUGUCCCUGAGAGUCCUUAUCAAGCAGCAUCGCUAAGUGGUACACAACCUCCAUCAAUAGCACAAAUGUACGCACCAUUAGCCAGACCAGAAACACCUUUACACGGAGAAGGAGAAGAAGAGGAGGAAGAAGCAGAUGAGCUUACAAAGCUCAGGGCAGUGGAGUGAUAACUAAUUCGUCCUCACCUCGACUGACCAGCGUUCCUUCCUCAAGAGCAAGCCGGCUGUAAUAUUGAAGCGCUGACAGCUGUUGGAGCUCCAAUGAGAAGCAUUAUUUACCUGUAUUGGGUAAAUGCGUAAAAUAUAGAAAAAAUUUAUUUGGUAAGAAUCUGCUGUGUGGAUCACAGUGUAGCACAGAAUUGAGUGGAAAAUGGGGUUCUCAUUUCCGUUUUGUUUUUUUAUAAAGUGCAAAGUGCCUUCAGGAUAGAUAUGUAAAGCGUGCAAGAUCAGCCAAAUGAACAAAUUAAAAAAGGUGUAUAUCAGCAUGGCUUUUCAAAAAGAUGCGGAUGCAUCAAUUUUACGUAUUUUGCCAUAUUCGUUUCAGUAUUUCUUAUUCUCUUAUUGAGUCAAGAAAUCAAAAAGUGCCAGUUGCUAAUGAGGAUUUAUACAGAUAUGUGUAUUAUAACUAUUAAAAUGAAUAUAGUGUUCGUUUCAUUGCUUAAAAAAAAAGAGAGUAAGAGAAAUGGAUCCGAGUAAAAACGCCUCAGCCGCUUCUGUCCACAAUGGCCAUAUUAACGUCAAAGUUAUCUCGCAGCAAACAGUGUAGCAUUUUAUCAAUAAAAUGGAAACCGUUAACCUUUUAUAAUGAUAAGAAACCUUGUUUGUUUGCAACGCAUACAAGAAAGGGCAGAAAAUAUCUGCAUGCUCUCCAUUAGUUCAGCAACGCAUUGUAUUUGGAGGUUAAAGGCAUAUAGUAUUUACGAAACUGUGAUGUAACCAAACUUUUUACGCUUUACCGAUUUAGUGUUUUGCUAAGCACAAAUACGCAUUUGGAGCCAAUGUGGUACAAAAAUCUAUUAGAAUAGCACUUACAAUAUAGAAAAGAACGAGCUGAUGAACUCCAACCAAUGUGGCCUUAAAAUGUCCAAAAAUUCGGUGCUUCUUAAAUAGGUUUCAUUCGGUGCCUCAACUUUUUUCAUAUAUCUAAUGCUCAGUUAUCAUUUUUCACUGUGAUCAUGCCAGCAGAGCCUGUAGUCGUUAUUGAUCACCCAAUCGAUACCCGAUCACUCCAUUAGAAGGUGGUUUUGCUCUAAUAGUGCACUUUUGAAAAAUACAGCAGUUUUGGUAUAACGCAAUCGCUUGUGCCGUUUUUCAAUACUUUUGUAUCAUAUCUUAAAUACAUUUAGAUUGUCAAUUUUCUUAAGAAUAAAACACACUCCGUGUUUGACUAGGUUUGUCUGGUUUGCGCUAGGAGAAGAUGAUGUGAGAAUCUCAUCUUUUACUUUGCUUUUUAUCUCCACUUUGAAACGGAGAAUUGCUCUCACAAUAUGUCUAACAUUUCAAUGACAGUAGAGAAAGCAUGUAACAGGUCCUCUAUUACUCCAAACCAUGUGGAUUGGUGUCCUCUACAUUGAGAAUAAGCUGAGCUCUGAGGUUCGAGGAGGAAAGGGGGGUUUCUUUUGUUUACGGAGCAAUUUACGGAAAACAUUCAGUGCCUUUUUGUUGCCUUUUGGGUGCCACUUUCAGAACACCUGCAAUAUUGUGUUGUUAUAUCAUACAUAUAUUUUUUUCCUCGUUGAUGAUGUGAAUUAUAAUUCCAGCCUUUUUUUUUUAAAGUACACUGUGUAUCUUUAAAUUGAACUUUCGGGAUGGAAAAGGGAUUUUUCUUGCUAAUUGUUUCAUGGUGCACUGCUUUUCACCCAACACACUCACCUAUGAGUUAUUGUAUCACUCCAUUGGCUACAGAUGACCAAUGCUGACAGUAUUGAAUUAUAAUUACGUGUGCAAAAUGUAUAUGGUUUUGUAUUAAAUGCAUUUGUAUUUAUUGGGGCUGCGUGCAGCCACAGAGCCUAGUAUCAAAAUUGAUGACAUUUAGAAAAGGGAAAUGGGGUCCCCAUAUGAGCUAAGUGUAAUGAAACAAGCACCUAUAUUAGUCCUAAAUCCUAAAAAGUGCCUAAUUUUACAUUGAAUGAGCUAAAUUUGUUGUAUGAUUGUUACCCCUAAAUCUAUUUGAAGUUUUUCUUUAAUAAUUCCAUGUGGAUGGAUUACAAUAGGGUGAAUAAUGGAUGUUUAUUUUUACUUCUUGAUAUCACCAAUAGAUUGCACAGCUUUAUAUGGGUAUUUAAAUAAAAACACGAAUGAAUUGGUAACGAGAUGUUUUAAGAAUCAAAAUUUAAUUUUUUUUUUGGUGCUAAAAGCUCUUAAAUAUGACUUUACACCCUCAAGCUGCAUUUUAUUUCAUUUGUGCCAUAUGGGAAUAUACGUUCGCGUGUACCAAAGAUUUUUUGCAGUGUGGACAGAAGCUGCAAGUCCGAUCUGUGGAAUGUGGGCAGGAUGUUAUUUUCUUUCAGCAGCACAUGUUCUUCAAUCGUUCUGCGCAUGAGACACAGCGGGUAUUGAUUUAUUAGCCAUAUAUUCAUGCAAAAAGCAUAAUCUGUAUACGUUUGCACAGUGCACUCACUUUGUAUGUACAUAUCUUGUAUUGUUUUGAUUUUUCAGAGUUGAUGAUUCAUGUGCAUGUGCCAGAUUUUGACAGUAGAGAAACAAUGAAAAGAUAUUGGAAGUGGUGUGUAUGUGUGUGUUUUAUAUGUGUAGAAAAAGAUAUUGUGAUGCAUGUACAGUACACCUUUAAAACAAAAGUGCUAUAAAGGGUUCUUCAAAGGAUUAUAUAACCUAUAAAUAACC